CCAUGGGGACGGGGAUGCUGACGAAGGCUUGUGAAGCUGAGAAGACAAAUUGCCCUCAUCAUUAUCUCCGGGCUUGUCAAUCAAACAUAUUCCCUUAUUUACCUCGGCGAGGAGAGAGCCCCGGGAGCACACGGAGAGGGAGGGAGCGAGAGGAGAGCUGCUUGCCCCAAACUCGGCACUGGGGAGGGAGCAUUUCCAGCCCCUCGGGAUGGCCACCAUCACCUGCAAUCGCUUCACCGAGGAGUACCAGCUCUUUGAGGAACUGGGCAAGGGUGCUUUCUCCAUCGUGCGGAGAUGCGUGAAGGUGUUGGCAGGACAAGAGUAUGCAGCCAAGAUCAUCAACACCAAGAAGCUGUCUGCUCGAGAUCACCAGAAGCUGGAAAGAGAAGCCCGGAUCUGCCGCCUCCUGAAGCACCCCAACAUCGUGAGGCUCCAUGACAGCAUCUCUGAAGAGGGCCAUCACUACCUGAUAUUUGACCUGGUCACUGGUGGGGAGCUGUUUGAGGACAUUGUGGCCAGGGAAUACUACAGCGAAGCGGAUGCCAGCCACUGCAUCCAGCAGAUCCUGGAGGCCGUCCUGCACUGCCACCAGAUGGGGGUGGUCCACCGGGAUCUGAAGCCCGAGAACCUGCUGCUGGCAUCCAAGCUGAAGGGUGCUGCUGUCAAGCUGGCUGACUUCGGCCUCGCCAUCGAGGUGGAGGGGGACCAGCAAGCAUGGUUUGGUUUCGCUGGCACCCCGGGAUACCUCUCCCCCGAGGUGCUCCGGAAGGAUCCUUAUGGCAAAGCUGUGGACCUGUGGGCUUGUGGCGUCAUCCUCUACAUCCUGCUGGUUGGGUACCCGCCUUUUUGGGAUGAAGAUCAGCACCGACUCUACCAGCAGAUCAAGGCUGGGGCUUAUGAUUUCCCCUCCCCUGAGUGGGACACAGUGACUCCUGAAGCAAAAGAUCUCAUCAACAAGAUGCUGACCAUAAACCCGUCCAAGCGCAUCACGGCAGCGGAGGCUCUGAAGCACCCUUGGAUAUCGCACCGUGCCACUGUGGCGUCAUGCAUGCACAGGCAGGAGACGGUGGACUGUCUGAAGAAGUUCAAUGCUCGGAGGAAGCUGAAGGGGGCCAUCCUCACCACCAUGCUGGCCACCAGGAACUUCUCCGGAGGCAAGAGCGGUGGCAACAAGAAGAAUGACGGCGUGAAGAAAAGAAAGUCCAGUUCCAGCGUUCAGUUAAUGGAAUCGUCGGAGAGCACCAACACCACCAUCGAGGACGAAGACACCAAAGUACGGAAGCAAGAAAUCAUUAAAGUCACAGAGCAGCUGAUCGAAGCAAUAAGCAAUGGUGACUUUGAGUCCUACACGAAGAUGUGUGACCCUGGGAUGACUGCCUUCGAGCCCGAGGCUCUGGGCAACCUCGUGGAAGGCCUGGAUUUCCACCGAUUCUACUUCGAAAACCUGUGGUCCCGGAAUAGCAAACCCGUGCACACAACGAUCCUGAAUCCCCACAUCCACCUGAUGGGAGACGAGUCCGCCUGCAUCGCCUACAUCCGCAUCACGCAGUACGUGGACGCGGGAGGGAUCCCCCGCACGGCCCAGUCCGAGGAGACCCGCAUCUGGCACCGCCGGGAUGGCAAAUGGCAAAUCGUCCACUUCCACAGAUCUGGCGCACCCUCUGUCCUACCGCAGUAACCCCUCUGAAGCGCGGUCCUGCCCGUGUCGGGUUUGUCACUGACUGACCACCAAGGGGACACCCCCUCCGACAUCUUCACCUACGGGACUUUGGCUGUUGGCUCUGCUGCUUGGUUCCCACUGGAAUAACCCCUCGCUUCUCACCGCACACACGCAACAGCCUUGCCGGCACCGUGCAAGCAUCCCAUCGAACCCCCCACCCCGCCGGGGCCCCCUUCCUCUGCAUGAACCAAGAAAAGAGAAACCAUGAACCUAAACCCGAGUGUCUGGCCAGUGAGAUGAUGUGUCCUCAGCUGCAUGGCGUUGGUGGGACCCCCCCCACAAACCCAGCACGUCUCCUGAGUUGGGCUCGGACUCAUCAUCUGCCUCCAUCCCCACCUCUGCCGGGAGCCCCCUGAGGAAGAGGAAGGCGGUGGGGUAGUUUGGAGCCACUCCGUGCUGUACCCUCCCUGUGUGCAGUGGAUUUUGCUUUGCUGCUAUCAAGGUCCCCAUCUGCCACCGUGGCUCUUGCCUGCUCCCGACCUGAGCUCCCACUUCCCAACAGCCUCGGCCGGGAAAGCACAAUUUAAACCGUCUGCAAAGUCCAUUUUCCACGCGCCCCCAGGCGAGGAGGACAGUGUUUGGAUGGGUGAGUAAAGGCUAUCUGUUUAUUUCCCCUUCCCAGGAGUGUAGGCUGGCUCCUUCCCAGGAAAGCGAGUAGGUUUGUGCCCUGGCUCUGCGUGGAUGAGGAUGCUCUCCCUCCUUCCUUCCUUCUCCCGUUGGAGCGGGGACCAGCAAAGCUGGGAGAAGAGAGGAGAAAGACGACUGCUUUCCCAGCACUGCGCUGGCACAGCCGCGAGCUGGGGCUCUCCCAGCCAUGCCAUGGUGAUAGCAUCUCUCCUAUGCCCUCCUCCUCACCCAGCACUCAUUCUGGAUCCUCCACCCCUGCCCCUCGCAUGCAGCACCCAGCGUUCCCCAUGCUGGGAUGGGGGCAGCUGAGCAGGGCAUGGAUUCGGGGCGCAAACCUCCAUCACCCACCCAGCUCCUUCCAGCGACAACGAGGAAUGCGAGCUUUAGUGACAAAACUCUGUGCUUUGAAGAAAACAAACAAGCCUUUAGCUGUCUUCUACUUUGAGCGCAUGCCUUUUUAUAGGGAGAACAACCUUCCGUGUAUUUCGUAACUUGACUUUGAGUAUUUGCUGAAAUGGAUCUUUAUGUAAUAACUAGAAAUGUUCAACUGUUUAGGGCGGGGAGGGGAGGGAAUUUUUUGGGGUUGCUGUUUUUCGUUGCGUUUACAUUUGGAGACGGGUUGUGCUGCCACGAUGCUCCUACCAGGGGUCCUGCGGCUGCCAGCCCCCACCGCAUCCCAUCCUUCAGCACUGGGUGGGCAAAGGCACCCAUCUCCAGGGGCACGCACCUUCCCGGGGCGCCUUCCCGCACCCCAUGGGUCUUCCUGCAGGGUAAACCCAGGCGGUGGCUCUUGGGGAGCCACCAGGACAUGGCUUUCAGGACAGAAGACAUGGCCGGGAAGGGGAAUUUUGGUCUCACCUCUUUGCUGUCAGGGAGAGGCCCAAGGUUGGAUAUUUUCCUGGCAAUUCUUCCAUUUCUUGUUCUCUUUUUUCCAACUGGAAGCUCUUUGCUCGUUGAGGUGAGACUCCUGCAGCGCUGCUGCCCCGGGGGAACUUUCUAGCUCCACUCUUUUCAUCUGCAUGGUGUUUAACUUUCUAGACAGUGCGUGUGUUGAAAAACAAAGAAAUGAACAAAAAAAUGCUUGUUUUGGACAUUAAAAAAAAAAAAACAAAAAAGGGGAAAAAAAGAAAAAAAAAAGGAAACGUUUUUUCCAUGUAAAUUCUGAGCGUGUAUUUUUGCCUUUUCUGUGGUUUUGAAUGCUUUGCUCUCUUGUCGAGGCAGGGACGGCUGCUGUGCAAAACGCAGCCCCAUCGCUGCCAACUGCAAAACUCUUUUCCCACUGGAUAGAGGGGAAGAAAUCCAAACUGCUGGGGCAUGAACAGGCCCUGAGAGGUGUUUUGCUGUGUCCCGCUGUGCCGGCGGUGCGGUGGUUGCUGGUGAUGUGUGUAGGAGAUGCGAAUGUUCUUCUCUGUGCUCUUGGUGGACCUGUGCUGUUUGACCGUGGAGCUGUGUUGGCUUGCAAGAGGUGGCCCCAAAGCAGGGAAAUCCAUGCAGGGAGAGGAUUAGCUUUUAAGGUAGAGUUUGAGUGUUUUUACAGACCUGUUUUUCUUCCUGUAGUCAAGUAGUGCUGAUUUUAUUUCAUUUCUAAAGGAAGGACUUGGCUUUUUCACAGUUCUUUCCCUCUCCAGCGCUGGCUCUGAAGCCAGCCACAGUGAGUGUCUCAUCCACAUUCUGAUGUUCAGGCUCUCCAGGUGUCAGAAGUGGUUUUGGGGAUCAGUAUGAGAUGGAUGAGGGCAGAGGAGGUCACGGCAGGGCCCUGCAUAGGGGCUAUAGUGCAGAUGCCAUUUCAGCCUGGCUUUGGAGCUGCGGAUAGCUGUGGACCUCAGGUGGGCUGUGAGGGUGAAGCUGCUCCAGCAGACACUACUGGAGGAUGGACUGGGACAGGAGGUGUGGUGGACUUUGCCAGGGAUGGAGGGUGAGAUGGUGGGAUAGAUACAAUCUCCUUUCACUGAAAGCCCACUUUGGGCAGUCACUGGUAGGGACGAACAUCUUGGUUGCCAGGAAGGCUUUGAGGUGUCUUCUCGGACGUGGUUUCUCCUCUUUGAGGUUUCCCUGCGGUCAUCUCUCCAGGGACAGGUUCCUCUGGGGGCAGCUGGAUGUCCUUGUAACACCUAAAACGUUCCUGAUCCUUUCCAAGGGAAGCAGAGUCUGGGGUUUCAACUCCUCCUAGUCUUCCAGUCAAGCUGGAGCCUGACCAAGGAAGACCCAACUUCCCAACCUGCCCGCGCUGGCAGCAUUAAGCACCUGCACUUUAGGGGUCUGCUUUGCCUGGUUUCUCUUCCCCACCUCACCCUGCUUCUCCAGAGCAGGUUCCUGUAUCCCCAGAGCAUCUCAGAGCAAGCACUGGUAUAGCACUAACCCUUCCUUUCAGUAGCCAUGGUGAACAGCUUCUGUCUCUUGUCUUCCUUCAUAUUUCCUGGUUUCUCCUAAACUUGCAGGAAAACUACAACAUAAUCAUCAACUGCCACUGUCCUCCUUUGGCUCACAGAGCCAGGGAUGCUGCUGUUAUGUCUGUACCUUUAAGCUGCUGGCACUGUCCUUGGCACAUGCUAACUGGCAUCACCCCAACAAUCCCACCGUGGCUCUGGGGAUGACAAGGACCAGGGCAUAAGCAAUAUGGACAAGGCUACCUUGUUGGGAUGGAGAUUACUACCAUGGACCUGCUGGAUCCCCACCAGCCUCAAGGCUGGAGAUCGGGCUGCGGCACAUUUCAUCCCCUAGUACAGACAAAGCCCAACUCACCUGGUUGCCUGCCAUCCAGGUCAAACACAACUCAGAAGUCCUCCAAACAGAUCAUCUCUUCCACCUCUCACAGACCAUAGGGGCUAUCUGAGUGGAAGCACCUGCUGUGGUGGCCUCAGGCUCCCAGCUCCAUGGUGAGCUUGGGCAUGGCCUAUUUUCCCUUCUUGGAUGCCAGGGUUCAGCUGCAACAUCAUCAUGUCUCAGGUCUUGCUGGUGCAUCCACUCCGGAAGAAGAAGAGGCCAUCCUGGGUCUCUGCUCUUUGCUGGAGGAGUGGGUGCUCUGCUCCUUACCCCGACCAGGCUCGGCCAGGAGAGCUGCCUGUCCCCACCACCCCAAGCACAUGUCCUCUUUUCCAGGCAUCAAACCCCUCUCUGACCCCAAACCUGCCUCUUCUCCCUUUGCCUCCAUGGAGCCCCAGAGGUUGGAGCAGGCAGCAGCAACCAUCUGCUCCCAUUCUGAGCUCACGGUCUGCUCUGCAGCCCAUGACAGGAUCGCUGGGGAGGACCAGCAAAGAGCAGUGCCAUGUUUGAGAGGGCACCCACAUAGCCCCACGGACCAAGACGUGUCUGUUAGCAGAAGAUCCCAUCACCAUCUCCUCUGAUGAGAAGGGCUAACCCUUCUUCCCUACUGCAGGACACAUCUCAUGGUGUACACCACUGUCUUGAUGCAACAACCAUCCUCCUGCUAGCAGGGUACAGACCUCACAUUGCCCAUUUCCAAAGGCACAGGUCCCAGCUCAUCCAUACCAGACAGGGAAACCCAGACAUGAACAGGCUGUGGAACAUUAGAGGAGGGGCUGAUGGCCCCUCUGCAGUCUGUCCCCUAAAGGCCACCCACCAGCUCCUGGCUGAAUGUCCUUCCCUCUUGCAGGUCACAGGGAGUGGAGGGGGCUGUAUGGAGCGGCUCCUUCCUUCUUUGGGUUGUUGUUGUCCCUUUUUUCUAACUGUUGCACAAUUUUAGGGCUUUUGUAACAUUUUUUGGACAAGCAGGGAAAAUGUUAACAGUGAUUUAAGAAUUAAAAAUGAGAUCUCUCUCUCAUAUAUAUUAUAUAUAUAUAUAAAAAUAUAUACUUACAGGAAACCUCUAUGGAAAUAUUUAUUUAAGAUGAUUGCAAAAAAAAAAAAAGAUAUAUUAUAACGAAGAGUUUACCAAGCUUUGUCACGUAACAGAAGAUCAGGCCCCGGGGAGGGGUGGCUGCCUGUCCCCUCGUGUCUGUCAGUCCGUGCGGUUGCAGCUGAAGCCUUUCUCUUCUCUUUUUGUAAGUAAGUGCACUCGAACUGUUGAGCAGUGUGACCGUGUUGGAUUCAGCGGGAGCUUGGGGGGGGGGAGGCUCUGGGGGGGUGUGUGGUUUUGUUUCCUUUUCCUUUGUUUUAUUUGGAACCUGUGGCUGUGAACAGAAUGAUCACUGCUCAAUCGGAUGCUCUAUCUGGGGAGGGCGGCGGGGGGACCGGGCGCGGGGUGGGUGCGGGAGGGAGGGCGAGUGUCAGUUUUAUUCUUGGUGUUCAAGUGCAAUAAAUAGCUACCAACUUCUGAGCAUGGAAA